AAACUGCGUACUGUACAUAACAGCGCAUCAGAGAGAAUAUAAAACUGAUACAUCUUCGAGCCAAAGUGAAAAUCUUCCAAAUCAACUGUCUGUGUCGGAACCGGAAUACUACAUCAAGUUGUAACAAUGCUCGUGUUUCCCACGGUUACGGCAACCUUUUGCGUUGUUGUCGCUUUUUACACUGCAUCGAUCAGCGCAGAAUCCGAUAUAAGCGCGGCUGUACUGCCCCACCCAAGUUGUACAUACAGCGGCAAUGACCUCGAAUGCACCGCCGGCAACUACAGCAUUCCAUUUCGUCUCGAAGACCAAGGCAGUUUCAACUUGAGCCUAAUUCCCGACAAUGUCAUGUUCAUCAGGCUAGGACAACGGGGGAGGUCACUUGUCAGCACCAUGGAAAUGCGAUUCCCGAAUCUGACCGGUUUACGUGUCCUAGAGUUGCACAACUUCGGGGGGUAUGGCGGGGAUACGCUGUCACUUGAUUACCUUCUAAGCAACGUGAAAGCGACACUGCGCAGCAUACGUUUGCGCGAUUGCCGUGUCGGGAGUCUCGGUGCAAAUUUUCUCAAAGAUUAUUACGCGCUGCGCACACUGGAUUUGGCGGAGAAUGACAUAGCUUCUAUCAAUCAUUUCGCAUUUGGAAGUUUUUCCGGGAGAAGUUUCCCUCUGGAAACGAUUGACCUUCAGAAAAACAAGAUCAGCUCACUACUAUGGGAAACUUUUGCCCCAGUUGCGCAAACGUUACGGACACUCCGGUUAAACGAUCAAAAAGUAGCUGGACCCAGCACUAUUGUUGGACCACACAACAUAACCGGCAUGACAUCCAUAAUAUCCAUGGGUAUAACAUAUAAAUUCCAAGCACUGGAAACGCUGGAUCUGAGUGGGAACGCGCUAGAUUUUCCAUGGCCAGGCAUUUUACGUACGACGCUGAAUGUGUCGACGAUAGCCAGCAUUAAGCUGGACUACAACGCUUUCUGUCCGAAUGAUCCUGCCAAGAUUUGCGGGUGCUGUGCAGCAGCGGCGUUUAUGCGAUGGGUUCACGAAGUGGCCAGUAUGGCGGAUGAACGCAAGCCGGUGGUGUCGUUCACUUGUGGCCGGUUCGGAUACGGCGAGUCACCGGCUUUUUGGGCUGUCAAUUAUCCCUCCCGACCGUUGCCAGCGUUAGCAGCGUACUCCGGAUGUUGCGUCAAUGAAGGCGAUCUAGGUUGCACGACAACAACCCGACGAUCGGAAUGGGGAGUGAAUGGCGCCGUUACCUGGCGCGGUGACAUUGGCGGCAGCACCAUCAUAGUUCUGAUUACGCUCUUCCUACUGAAUGUGUGAAGGCAGGCAAGGCAAGAUCCCAAGCAAUCCAGUAUAGUGUGGCCAGUGAUCAUCCCAACCAUGUUUUUCUAGGGUAUUAAUUUUACUUUAUGCAGUAAUUAGUCUCGGUUGUGUUUGCAGUAGCUUGGGUGUAUUUGAGUUGCGUCCGUUCGCCUAGUUUUUUAUCGCAUCGUCAUUGUUUACCGGUUGAUUAUGGUAUGGGACUCGGUACAUACAGUACACAGAUACUGUACAAAAAGACCUUAAUACAAAUAUACUAGCAAGUCAGCAACCAUCCACAAAAACAGUGUCUAACAGAGAGGCA